GAUAUAUAAACCUAAGUCUUUUCAGGCAUAAAAACCCUCACUCAACAUAGGGUUUUCAGAGCGCCACCUACUGUCGUCUUAGAUCUUCGCAUCUGCAAGUUAUCCAUCUAAAUCCAUAAUGGCGACCCAAAUGAGCAAGAAGCGAAAGUUUGUUGCAGACGGUGUUUUCUUCGCCGAGCUUAACGAAGUUUUGACCAGAGAGCUCGCCGAGGAUGGAUACUCUGGUGUUGAGGUUAGGGUCACUCCUAUGCGCACCGAGAUCAUCAUCAGGGCCACUCGCACCCAAAACGUUCUAGGUGAUAAGGGUAGGAGGAUCAGAGAGCUGACCUCCGUGGUGCAAAAGAGGUUUAAAUUCCCAGAAAACAGUGUGGAGCUCUAUGCUGAGAAAGUUAACAGCAGAGGCCUUUGCGCCAUUGCUCAGGCUGAGUCUCUUCGUUACAAGCUUCUCGGUGGUCUUGCUGUUCGUAGGGCCUGCUAUGGUGUGUUGAGAUUCAUAAUGGAAAGUGGUGCUAAGGGAUGUGAGGUAAUUGUCAGUGGGAAACUAAGGGCACAGCGUGCAAAAUCCAUGAAGUUCAAGGAUGGAUACAUGAUUUCAUCUGGCCAACCAGUAAAGGAUUAUAUUGAUUCUGCUGUGAGACAUGUCCUCCUACGACAGGGGGUUCUUGGUAUCAAGGUCAAGAUAAUGCUUGAUUGGGAUCCUAAAGGGAAGCAGGGCCCAACAACUCCUCUACCAGAUUUGGUCACGAUCCAUCCCCCCAAGGAGGAAGAGGAGUACGCCCGGGUACCUGUUGUGGCGACCGAGAUCGAGGUCCCAGUACCAGUAGCAGUAGCUUAGACUAAAAGCCCAUGCCGUUUAUUUCCUGAUUUUUAUUUAAUGAGCUUUAUUUUUCUUAUCUGUGACGAUGGCGUCGUGCUAGUUCUUUUGACUUUUUGAUACCCUUUGUCAAGUGAUACUAAAUUUUGUUUUACUAGAGCCAUUGAAUAUUAUGUUUCACAAGAGCUGUUAAAUUUAUCGGGAUUUUUUUUUUCA